AUGGGCCAAAAACAGUCCAAACUCUCACCUUCGCAACUGGACGAUCUCGCAAGGUCGACACAUUUCGACAAGAAAGAGCUGCAGCAGUGGUAUAAGGGCUUUAUCAAGGACUGUCCGUCUGGCCUUCUCACAAAGGAAGAGUUUCAGAACAUAUACAGGACUUUCUUUCCACACGGCGACCCGUCCUCGUUCGCAGACUAUGUCUUUCGCGUCUUUGACACUGAUCAUAACGGCUCGAUCGAGUUCAAAGAGUUCAUAUGCGCCCUCAGUGUGACCAGCAGAGGGCGCAUGGAGGAUAAACUAGAAUGGGCAUUUCAGCUGUACGACAUCGAUGGGGACGGCAGGAUAAGUUAUGCAGAGAUGUUGCAAAUUGUUGAGGCCAUAUAUAAAAUGGUUGGAUCGAUGGUCAAACUACCCAAGGACGAAGACACGCCGGAGAAGAGAGUCAAGAAGAUCUUUCGCAUGAUGGACAAGGACGAGAAUGGAAGCCUGGAUAUGAAUGAAUUCAAAGAGGGAAGCAAGAGGGACGAGACAAUUGUGUCAGCCCUGUCGUUGUAUGAUGGCCUUGUAUGA